CCGCCCACUCAGGAAAACGGAUCUAUCCUUCACUGACAGAUGAUCAACCGCACAUGUUAUCGCUUUCUCACGAGUUAACAAUUAACCGAGCUGCUGUUUAAUGUUGUAUGAUGUCUCUGUUUACUGUCUGAGUGCAUUUAACAGUGUUCAGAUCCAUCAUGGCAGCUCUGCGUGCAGCAAAACAAGCUCUGAGAAGAGAAAUCAAGAGUCGAGUGUCUGCAGUCAGCGACCAGGAGAAACUCAGACAGUCUCGAGUUGUUUCACAAAAGUUGUUCAGGCAUCCCAAAUACCUGUCCAGCCAGCGUGUGGCCGUCUUCCUGAACAUGCAUGAUGAGGUCGCCACAGAGGAGAUCCUGCAGGACAUCUUCAGGAGGGGGAAAACCUGCUUCAUUCCCAGAUACUUCACCAAGAGCACUCAUAUGGACAUGUUACGCCUGAAGGACAUGGAGGAUAUGGAGACGCUUCCUCUCACGGCCUGGAACAUCCGUCAGCCUGGAGAUGACGACAAACACCGAGACGAAGCUCUGGAUACAGGAGGGCUAGAUCUUAUCCUCAUGCCUGGUUUGGGAUUUGAUAAGAGCGGGAAUCGGCUUGGCAGGGGAAAGGGUUUUUACGACACGUAUCUGGAGCGCUGCAGGACGCACCCCAAGGGAAAGCCGUACACCAUCGCCUUGGCCUUCAAAGAGCAGAUCUGUGCCGAGAUCCCAGUGGGAGAACAUGAUAUUCUCAUUGAUGAAGUUCUGCACGAAGACGUGUGAUCCACCUGACCGGUCAGAGCUUUAUUACAGCACAGCUCAGUUACAGAUUCAACAUUGAACAAAUUAUGAACUCAUUUCUGAAUGAAAUGCAUCAAGAUCUUUUGUAUGCAAUACAUAUUUCAAUCAAAGAUUUGCUGUAUCAGCAUAUGUUUUUGCUAAACUCUGACUACCAAAAGGCUAAAUAAACAGUCUGUCCACACAUUAAAUAUAAAUUGUCAUUUUUUUGUU